UAUGCAUCAAAAUAAAAACUUGUGAAGCAAGUUACAUCAGCGCGUAAUAUUUCGAAAACAAGAAAUGAGUUUGGGUAAAUAACUCAAAGACUAAAUACAGAAAUGGGGAUUCUUAAAGUCUUAUAUUUGCAAAAACAUAUUGCUUCAUUCACACUCUUAAUAAGUGUGUAUGUGCUUUGUCUUGGAGUUAGCUUUAGUGGAGCCUCAGCCGAAAAUGAAAGUUUCCUGGCAGGAUUUCACUGUGGAAAUGUGACAUAUGGUUCCACAGAAGUUCAAGCAGGAGAAACAAACUCUACGGUGUCAUUUCUGUGUGUGGAGUGCAUGUUUCAUCAAAACUGUUUGUCAAACAACAAUUGUUUAAGGUGGACAGCAGGAGCCAUGUGUGAAAAGUGCAUUAAAACCCCCAAUGCUAUGACCUAUAGGGUGGGUAAUUCCUGCUCCCCUUGCCCCCAGUUCCCGUGGCAGUUGGUGAGCCUCACGGUGUUCCUGCUUGUUCUGCUUAUCAACACCUACCGGAAUGGCUUCACAACAUCUGUAGCAUCCAAGGUUAAGCUGGUGUGUAAUUUCCUCCAGUGCCUCGUACUAGCGGUACAUAUCAAAGUGGCCUGGCCAGAUAUGAUCCUGCAGAUGAUAGGAGUCAUCAACUUUUCAUUCUUCUCAUUUUAUUUGAUAGCCCCAGAAUGCAUGUUCCCCAGCUGGCCUGCCAUGCUGCCCUUCUACAUGGACUGGCUCAUUCUGAUGAUCAUACCUCCUAUUGCACUAACUGUGGGUGCCCUAGCUGAUAAACGCUUGGCUGUUUUUCAGAAACUGAGUACAAAAUUACCUAUAGAUCAUACUGGCAAUGAAGGGCUUAGGACAGAAAAGAAGAAUCGUCGUACCACAGCGCGACGUGUUGUCAUCAUAUUUGCUGUGGUUAUGUACGCUCCUGUAACUCUAGCAGCAGUUAGGACAUACUUGUGCUCAGAGACAGUACCCAAGAAGCUUGUACUGAAUCAAACUGAUGAUGUAUUUCUGCUUGACAAUAGUGUAUCUUGCAAUGGCUUUGUGUUCCAGGUGUUCCAGUUGUUUGGUGGCCUCUACCUGAUGCUGCUGGGUGUACUUUUCCCAUUACUGAUCGUCUUCUUCACCCUCAGGCAGAACAAGUGGUCCUUGCUGUAUUCACAGUGGCACAAGUAUAGUCCAGUAUAUGAAACAUACAAAGACAAGAUGUGUUUUUGGGAGACUGUUCAGAUACUACGCAAGCUGGUGGCUAUUGUUAUUACAGAAAUGUACCCUUUUACGCCCCUGAUCCAGGCAUGUGUACAGAUGGGUGUUACCGGGGUGUACCUGCUAAUGGUCCUUCUGCUGCGGCCUUUCAGGUCAUGCUACUGGAUACAUCCGAUUGCUAACAUACAUCAUAUAUUUGAGGUGCUCUCUACGAUUGUCAUUCUGCUGACUCAGGCUGUAGCGUUCUCCCUGGCCAUAGACAGGUACCUGGACCACACAGAUAUAGCUCUGCUGGCGUUGGUGGGUCUGGUUCUGACCAUGUGGCUUGUUACCAUGGUAACAGUCAGCCUGGAGAAGAAACAGCACAUCCCAACAGAGGAGGGAAAACAUGCAGAGGAAACAGUCAAGAAGAUGAUACCGGUAGUCAAAUCCCAACCAACACGAAACCUGAAGUUUUGGAAGAAGAAGAAAGUAGGGCCAAACCCAGAGUACUUAGAACAGAUCGAGAUCAACAAGAGGAAUAUAGACUUCUAACGCUGCAUUAUCACAUGAGGAUAUACAAACAUUAAUUCACAAAUGCAUGAGCUAUACCGUUAAUAGAUCCGAACUAGUUAUAUACAUGUAUGUUAAUAUGGAUUCAUAUAAAAUUAGGCAUAUCAAAACAUGUAACAAGGACUUAUAUAUUGAUUACCUCAAAUUAUGUCUGGUUUAUAAAAACUGGCCUCGUCUUGGUUAAAAUAUCAUCUGAUAUCACAAUGGCCAGAUGUUUCAUAGCCAAAACGAUGGUUUAAAUAUCAUCUGAUACCACAAUGGCCAGAUGUUUCAUAGCUGCCAAAACGAUGGUUUAAAUAUCAUCUGAUACCACAAUGGCCAGAUGUUUCAUAGCUGCCAAAACGAUGGUUUAAAUAUCAUCUGAUACCACAAUGGCCAGAUGUUUCAUAGCUGCCAAAACGAUGGUUUAAAUAUCAUCUGAUACCACAAUGGCCAGAUGUUUCAUAGCUACCAAAACAAUGCUUUAAAUAUCAUCUGAUACCACAAUGUCCAGAUGUUUCAUAGCUGCCAAAAUGAUGGUUUAAAUAUCAUCUGAUACCACAAUGGCCAGAUGUUUCAUAGCUGCCAAAACGAUGGUUUAAAUAUCAUAUGAUACCACAAUGGCCAGAUGUUUUAUAGCUGCCAAAAAUGGUUUAAAUAUCAUCUGAUACCACAGUGGCCAUAUGUUUCAUAGCUGCCAAAACGAUGGUUAAAAUAUCAUCUGAUCACAAUAGCCAGAUAUUUCAUAGCUGCCAAAAUGAUGGUUUAAACAUCAUCUGAUUCCACAAUGACCAGAUGUUUCAUAGCUGCCAAAACAAUGGUUUAAAUAUCAUCUGAUACCGCAAUGGCCAGAUGUUUCAUAGCUACCAAAACAAUGGUUUUAAUAUAAUCUGAUACCACAAUGGCCAGAUCUUUCAUAGCUGCCAAAACAAUUGUUAAGAUAUCAUCUGAUACCACAGUGGCCAUAUGUUUCAUAGCUGCCAAAAGUAUGGUUUGAAUAUCAUCUGAUACCACAAUGGCCAUGUGUUUCAUAGCUGCAAAAACAAUGCUUUAAAUAUCAUCUGAUACCACAAUGGCCAGAUGUUUCAAAGUUGCCAAAACAAUGGUUUAAAUUUCAUCUGAUACCACAAUGGCCAGAUGUUUCAUAGCUACCAAAAACAAUGCUUUAAAUAUCAUCUGAUACCACAAUGGCCAGAUGUUUCAUAGCUGCCAAAACAAUGCUUUUAAUAUCAUCUGAUACUACAAUGGCCAGAUGUUUCAUAGAUGUCAAAACGAUGGUUUAAAUAUCAUCUGAUACCACAAUGGCCAGGUUUUUUUCAUAGCUGCCAAAACGAUGGUUGUAAUAUCAACUGAUACCACAAUGGCCUGAUGCUACAUAGCAGCCAAAACGAUGGUUUAAAUAUCAUCUGAUACCACAAUGGCCAGAUGUUUUAUAGUUGCCAAAACGAUGAAAGGGCUUUCAAUACAGUUAUAUUUGUGACAAAGCUGUAAUUGUGUUAUAUUAAAUUGUAUGUUAAUUUAUACUCACCCAAUACUUGUUUGUAUAUAUUUCAACCAAUUAUUGGUUUUCUAUAACAUAAUUUAAAUUUCAUAUGAUCUCUUUUCAGUUCAACUAAAAAUUUACUGGCUGUCUUCCACAAUCCACUCAUAUUUGAUAAACAUUAUCUAUCAAACGUAUUUUGUAUUGAACAUUGUUUAAUUUAAAUUUUAAAGCAUGUUAGCUUUAUGAUACCGAAGUUGGGUUAGCAAAAACAUGAAAUAUUCUUUGUUUAAGAUAUGCCGGGUGUAUCCUGACUUUGAAAUAAAGCCAUUAAAAAAUAUAUUUCUAAGUAAUUAAAUUAAAAUCAAAUGUUUAA